AUGGAUUUUCAAGAAAAGUCUCUUAAAGUGAAGAUUCCGGUGCAAACUCCAAUCAUUUCCAAGCCGGAAAAAGAAGGAGAAGAAGAAGAUGGAUUCACAACUCCAAAGGGGGAUCAAUUUAGGAUUCCGCCGCAGCUUGAGUGUCCUCCGGCACCUGGACCCGGCAUCCGACGGAAGACCAUCGACAAACGCCGGAAAAAAUCCGCCGGGAGGAGGCUUAUCUCCGUCAACGUUCAAGAUUUGGACACCCUCUUCACAAGAACACAUACAUAG